AUGUAAGUGAGAUUGUAGGGGAAAGUCAUUCUUCCAUGUAACAUUCAUCUAAUUCCAAGAAAACAAAUCAUUUUGAUCUAAUCAUAUUAUAGAAUGCAUUCCUGCAAGAUUAAGUAUCAAAAAAGAAAGAAGUGGGCACGAUAUCGCAAAUGCGUGAUUCAAGAAUUAGUAGAUAGUGAAUUCACCUAUCUCAAAGAUUUGGAAUUGAUCAUCGUGAAGUUUUUCGAUCCAUUACAGACAAUCCUCACAGAUGCUCAAUCUAAGUUGCUAUUUAGAAAUUUGAAACAAAUCUAUUUACUAAAUAAGCAAUUUUUAUUUGAAAUCUCUGAAAGAUUCAGCAACUUUACUUAACACACCUGUUUUGGCAAGAUCUUUGACAAGUACGUUUAAUUUUUCAAAAUAUACUUCGAAUACACCUCUGGUUUUUCCAUUGAAGUUGUUUCUUCCUUGAGGAAGGAAAUCCCAAAAUUGAAUGAUUUUAUUUCUGAAUUGGAAGAGGCUGAUAUUUUCAAAGGAGGCAAUCUAGAAUCCUAUCUCAUCAAACCGGUCCAGAGAUUACCCAAAUAUGUCCUAUUACUCAAGGAUUUGAUCAAACAUACUUGGCAAUCUCAUCCAGAUUAUGAGUCACUUCAAGUGAGUGUCAAUAAAUUCAUUGAAGUCAAUUGCAAAAUUGAUAUUUUGAUGGACAAUGUUCUCAAAAAUCAAAUGCUCUUCGAAUUGUAAAAAUAGUUUUUUGAUUCAAUCAAUGUAUCCAUUGUAGAAUCCACAAGGAGAUAUGUUCAAAGUGAAACCAUCAAUGUCCUGGUCUCUAAAUAAUAGAAAUCAGUUAUAGUGUAUAUAUGCAAUGACAUGAUCAUCCUAACCUAAAGAAAUCAAAAUAACUUAGUCAAACAACACGAAAAAUUGUAUGAAUAUCUCUACCUUAAUGAGAAAUCCUAUUGCAAAAACAAACCAGAAACUCAAUAUUGCAAAUUCUUGUUCACAGUCUCCUCUUAGGAACAAUCCAUAACAUUCAUUUGCUAAGACGCAGAACAAAAAUAAAAACUGCUUAGCUUAUUUGAAUCCUUAAUUAACGACAUCAAGACGAAGUAUCAAAAAUUGGAAAUCCUCCAAGAAUGCGAAGUCUAAUCCAUUUAAGUAUUUGCCAAGGGAACAGAAUUAAGAAAGUCCUUGCUUUAAUCAUAUACUGUUUAUGUGAUGUUUAUUUCUGCAGGAUCUUAGAAUUUGACCUUAUUAACCAGAUACAGCAGUUUAAUAAAGUUGGAAAAUAUGAUCAGAAAGCAAUUCCCAGACAUCUCGAUUCCACAUCUAAGCAAGAAUCAAUGGGCUAGCAAUAAGAAAACCUAAUUAAUCGAAGCCAGGAAAAUCAUCAUUGAAAACUUUCUUGAAGCAGUUCUGAACUCUCCCCUCAUCAAAUAGAAUCCAGAACAAGUUUUGAAAUAUUUAGAACUCCCCCCCUCAUUUUACGAGGCUAUUGCAUCCAGUCCUGAUAAGUCUAGUGUAGAAAGAGAGAGUCUCAGAAAAACAAUGAAGUCCUCUUCAUUCAAUACAGACGACAUCUCCCUGAGCGAAACCCUUAAAUUUGUUAGGAACACAAAUACCAUUAGACAAACCAUGCACCAUAAAAGUUUAAAAAUUAGCAAUCAAACUAUCAAUAUUAAAAUUAUGUUCCCAGAUGAAUUUUACAUCUUUUUACCUAUCAGUCCUGAAUUACGAGUAGCUGAUCUAAUUGAAAUGGCUGCUGAAGCCAUCAAAUUACAAAGCUAUGAGGAUUUUAAGUUCUUUUUAAUCAAUGAUCAAGAAGUUAGGAUUCUCGAUGAUGAAGAUUGCAUUCCACAAAUUCCAUUAAAUAAACCAAGUAAUGAAAGUGUUAUGUCAAAAUUCACCCAUCUGUUCAAGGAGAGAGAAAAAACCAAUACUAAAUUACUACUAAAAAAAUACCUAUAUUUAACUCCAAAACAAGAGAAGAAGGAUUAUUAAUCAGAUCUAGUAAGACUUAAUUUAAUAUGCCACCAAGCAUUUGAUGAUAUCAAGAACUUGAGAUAUCAACUCACGAAUUCUUAAUAUUAGAUGUAUUCCAUCUACUAUCUAAUUAUCAAGUAUUAUGAAAAUUUCAGACACAUCUUUACCAAAUAAUCUUUGCCCAUAAAUUUGGUGAAACAAUUGAUUCCAGACAAAGUUUAUAAGCAAGUGAAGGAAUAGACCUGGGUCUAAGAGAUAUAUGUUGCCAUUGGAAUAGUGAAAUAAGAAAUCGAAUAAAUAAUCAAACAGCAUGAUAAGAAUUUGCAAGGCAUUAAAAAGUUGGAAUAGCAAUUUCAAUAUAUUACAGAAUUGAUCUUUAUGGAAUCUCUAUAAUAGAAUCCAUUCUAUGGGCUUCAAAACUUCAAUAUUGAAAUUCCUAAUGCCAGCAAAGAGAUAUUAUAAAGAUAAUUCAAAUGCCAACUAGAUACAUACUGUACCCUGGGAGUCAAGUAUGAUCGAUUCAUUAUCAUCCAUAAUAUGGAAAAGAAAUUGGAAAUAUUCCUAAGCGACAUAGUCAAUCUUGCACCAUUCCCUUUUUAUUUUCAGUUUCAAAUAAAACAAAUUUAAGAUGAAAAGUUUAUAUUCAAGACUUCAAAUGGAUUAGAAAUUUAGAAACUUUAAGAACUAUACUCAAAUAUCUCUAAUAAUUUAUGA